AUGCCUAAGCAUAGCUCCAGCAAGCAAAAGUCCUCCAAGCAGGCAAGUGCUUGGAGCGAAUGGGUAUAUUCUGAUGAGCAUGGUUGUCAUUACUGCUACAGAACAUUGAAGAAUGGCGAGGUCGAGUACCAGUGGGAAAAUGUAGCUCAGGCUUCGUCCGCCCAAGAACACCAAGAUGAGACUACUCCUCGUGGAAUAGAGCAGAUCACGGAAGAUGUCCACAAUCUGUCCGUUGCAGACGAGCCCGAACCAGAGGACCCUGAAAGUGCCUAUCGCCUGGAGUCCGAUCCAGCCGAUUCCGGGCAUGGCCCCGACAGUGGCUACGGCUAUAACUUAGGCUCGCAAACUGGUGGCUAUGAAACUGGCGGCUAUGAAGCUCGCAAGACGUCCAAGAGCAGACGAAAGGGGAAAACCGUAUCAUACGCUGAACCGGAUCCUCCAGACCCAAACCCAGACGACGUGGACCCAGACGAUGUGGCGCCCAUGGAUCCCUUCUACGGCGCGCGUAGGGGCACGGAAGCAGAGCAUCAGCAGGGAGAAGCUCUGCCCACUGAAUCAGACUACAGCCAAACAAAUGGCUAUGAUCCCAAUGCGCAACAGGACUAUGACGCUCAGUUGACUGAAGCCAUGAACACUAGUGACCAGCACAACUUCGGGUACCCUGAUGAAGGGGAAUCAUCAACAGAUCCGGCAUACGCCUAUUCUGAAGAGGCCGAAGAUGACGGCCAGUCGACACCUAGAGCUGGAGGUCCCGUGCAUGACAGUGAGCUUGAACACGGACAGUUGGAUUCUCUCGAGCCCUCCAAGAAGUUCAAGCAGGGCGCAAUCUUCAAAGUCGUUUGGUCAGAACCGCAAGGGGUCACGACGAACAACACACUCGUAACCGAAAAGAAAUUGAUGAAAGACCCUUACGGCGGUAGUUUCUACGUCGGCUCUCGGAGAUUCAUCGUCGUGGCCACGGACAAGGGGCAUUCCACCUGCGUACCAAUCCUUACCUACCAAGGCCGAGGAUGCGGUAAGCCGGGCGUUCAUCCUAUGAACCACGGCAUCAUCCACGAAAAGAAUCGCCAUGCUCAGAUGCUCCCUAGAGAACCGGAGCUUGGAUUCGAACCAGUGAAGGCGAAACUCACCGUCGAGGGAGAGCGUCUCCAAAAGGAGUCUCGCGUCAACUACGCCAAACUCACCACGAUUGAACACAACAUCAAGGUGUUCUUUAUCGGAAGCGUCGUCAAAGACGAAAUCCACUACAUCAGGGAUGCAGUUGAUUACUGCUGGGAGCGCAAGAGCUGA